GAUCUAUGGGGGUCCUCCACUCGUGACACAGAUCCCCCUUUGCCAAGGUAGCCGUGGCAGCACGACCAUGUCACGCCAGUCCUGGGUGCCUGGUGAGGUCCUGGCCUCCCUGCUGCUGUGCGUGGCUGUGGUGGAAGCAGCCACUGGGCGAUGGUGCGAGAGGACGGUUCAGGAUACGGCGGAGGAGGAGGUAACACCGCGGCGCGAGGACACAGUGCCCUGCACCAGCCUCUACCACUACAGCCUGGCAGGAUGGCGGAUCGACAGGGACCGAAUGCGCCGGGUCUAUGGUGGGGACCAUGGUGAGCCCCAGCCUGACUCUGGCACCCCCCUCUGCUACAUCUACCGGCCCCCAGAGACUCGGCCAGUGGUGUGGAACCGCACGGUGCUUGCCUGCUGCCAGGGCUGGAGCGGGCCCCACUGCACCGAAGGCGAAGGCUUGCUGGGGCACUGCUAUGGCACAUGGCAGUGCCAGGACACCGCCGGCAGCCACAACCUCUCUGCUAUGAGCCUGUCCGAGUGCUGCCGGCACCCCUGGGGGCACAGCUGGAGGAAUGGCUCCAGUUCCAGUGCACCGUGCCUCUCCUGCACCCGCCUGCCCCUCACUGGAGAGGUGUCCCCACGGCCAUCGCCUCCUGUGUCCCUUCAUGGAGCUGCCACCCAUCACCGGGGCCUCUGGGCUGGCUGCAUGACCUGGGCAGGGUCCCACUACCGCACCUUUGACGGGACACACUUCCACUUCUCUGGCGAGUGCACCUACACCCUGGCCGCUGCUGCUGACGGCACUUGGGCCAUCGCCAUCACUGCCGGCGAUCCCCGGGGACUGCACAUGACCUUCGGGGUGGGCACGGUGGUGACCCAGGGACGGAACAUCUCUGUGGACAGUGUGGCAGUGCCCGAGGGACAACCGUAUCUGCACAAUGGGAUCAGCGUGAUGUGGCUAGGUGACUGGGUGGCCGUGGCAAGUGCGCUGGGUGUGCGGGUGACCUCGGACAGGAGCCAGGCAGUCACAGUGACAGUUGACACCGAGCUGUGGGGCGGCACACGGGGGCUGUGUGGUCCCUACAACGAUGACCCUGCAGAUGACUUCCAGCAGCCCGGAGGGGAUGUGGCCACCUUUGCUGCCAGCUUUGGCAACUCCUGGAAGAUUUCAGACGUCAGCCCCAAGCCCCGCUGCAGGGACGCGGUGGAGCUCAGCCCUGGCUGUGCAGCGGGCGAUGCGGCACGGCAGGCAGCCGAGGUCACUUGUGGGAAGCUCCUGGCUGAGCCCUUCCGUGAGUGCCAUGACAAGGUUGACCCUGGUGGCUUCCACAAUGCGUGCCUGGAGCUGCUGUGCCGGGAAGGCAAUGCCGGGCAGUUGCCGAGCCCCAGCAUCUGCGACACCUUCGCUGCCUAUGCACGGGAGUGUGCCCGGCACCAAACCAGCAUCGACUGGCGCCAGCCUGGCUUCUGCGAGCGGCACUGCGGCGCGGGACAGAGGUUCUCGGACUGCGUCUCCUCAUGCCCUGCCAGCUGUGCGGCUGUUGGCAGUGCCGAGGAAGGGCCAUGCCACCAGGACUGUGCCGGUGGCUGCGAAUGCACGCCAGGGCUCUACUGGGAUGGGGCGCUCUGCGUGCCACCAAGCGCCUGCCCCUGCCAGCACCACCGCCAGCGCUAUGCCCCGGGACAGAGCAUCCGCCAGCGCUGCAACCAGUGCAUGUGCCAGGGCGGGCGCUGGCUCUGCAGCCAGGACCGGUGCCCCGGGGAGUGCACGGUGCUGGGCGGCCACCAUUACAUCACCUUCGACCGCCGGCACUUCUCCUUCCCAGGCGCCUGUGCCUACACCCUGGUGCAGGACUUCGUGGAGGGGCAGCUGCUGAUCACGUCUGAGCACAAGGCUUGCAAUGGCCACCAGCGCCUCCACUGCCGCCAGUCCCUCACCAUCAGUGCCCGCCGGAUCUCUGCUCGUCUCCAAGGCACAGGUGAGGUGAUGGUGGAUGGGCAGGAGGUGACGCUGCCCUUUGCCAGUUCCGAGCUGAGCAUCCGCCGCGUGUCCUCGGCAUUCCUGCUGCUCCAGACCUUUGGGGCCCACGUCCUGUGGGGGGUGGAGGCCCCCACUGUCUACAUCACCCUCCAGCCCGCCUUUGCCCACAAGGUGCGGGGUCUCUGCGGCACCUACAACUGGAACCAGGGGGACGAGUUCACCACACCAGCAGGUGAUGUGGAGAUCAGUGUUGCCGCCUUCACCAACAAGUACCGGGUGUCCAGCAAGUGCCCUGCACUCGGACCCGUCCUACUGGAGCCCUGCAGUGACUUUGCUGGGCAGCAGGACCUUGCCGAGGCUGCCUGUGCCGUCCUGCAGGGCCCGGCCUUCCAGCCAUGUCACCAGGUCGUGGACCCGGAGCCGUUCCUGCAGCUCUGCCUGCGGGAUGCCUGCACCUGCCAGGAUGGGCAGCACUGCCUGUGCCUGGUGUUGGCUGCCUAUGCCCGGGAGUGUGGCCAGGAAGGAGUGGAGCUGGUGUGGAGGAACCAGAGCUUCUGCGAUGUGCCGUGCAGCGGGGGGCAGCAGUACCUGGACUGUGGCCGGCCCUGUGGCCAGACCUGCGCCGACCUGCGCGGUGACAGCAACGGGACCAGCUCCUGCCACAACCUGGAUGGACUCUGUGUCCCUGGCUGCCAGUGCCCGGCCGGGCUGGUGCUGGCCGAGGGUGGGAUGUGCGUCCCACCUGGAGCCUGCCCCUGCCAGCACGGCACCACGCUCCUCCCGCCCGGCAGCCACAUCCGCCGGAGCUGCAGCACCUGUGUUUGUGCUGGUGGGUCUUGGCGCUGCACUGCAGCCGCCUGCCCCAUGGCAGCCCUGUGCCCUGGGGGGCUGAUCCAUGCGCCAGGCUCCUGCCUGCGCCGCUGUGACAGUGCCGAGCCCAACGGCACCUGUGCCGGCAUUGCCGAUGGCUGCGUCCCCUGUCCCCCUGGCACCAUCUUCCUGGACGGGCGCUGUGUGUCUCCGGCAGAGUGCCCGUGCCAGCACGGCGGCCGGCUGUACCGGCCCAAUGACACCAUCAUCCGGGACUGCAACACAUGCGUGUGCCGGCAGCAGCACUGGCACUGUGGCCAGGAGGAGUGCGCCGGCACCUGCGUGGCCACGGGGGACCCCCACUACAUCACCUUUGACGGACGAGCCUUCUCCUUCCCCGGCGACUGCGAGUACCUGCUGGCACGCGAGGCCGAUGGGCUCUUUGCUGUCACUGCCGAGAACGUGCCCUGCGGCACUGGCGGCGUCACCUGCACCAAAUCAGUGGUGGUGGUGAUGGGCAACACUGUGGUGCACAUGCUGCGGGGGAGGGACGUGACAGUGAACGGGGUCCCGGUGCGACCCCCAAAAGCCUACACCGGCACUGGACUGACGCUGGAGCGCGCCGGUCUCUUCCUCCUCCUCCUCACCCGCAUGGGGCUGGCGGUGCUCUGGGAUGGAGGCACACGGGUGUACAUCCGGCUGGAGCCGCAGCACCGGGGACGUGUGGUUGGGCUCUGUGGCAACUUCGACGGUGACACCGAGAACGAUCUCUCCAGCCGGCAAGGGGUGCUGGAGCCCAGCGCCGAGCUCUUCGGCAACUCCUGGCGCCUCAGCCUGCUCUGCCCCGAGGUGGACAGCGCCAGCGCACGGCACCCCUUGCACGAGAACCCACACCGGGCAGCGUGGGCCCGCCGGCGCUGCAGCAUCCUCCGGCAGCGGCUCUUUGAGCCAUGCCACGAUGUGGUGCCGUGCCAGCGCUUCUACGACUGGUGCAUCUUUGAUGCCUGCGGGUGUGACUCCGGUGGAGACUGUGAGUGCCUGUGCACGGCCAUUGCCACAUACGCUGAGGAGUGCGGCCGGCGCGGCGUCCAUGUGCGAUGGAGGAGCCAGGAGCUGUGCCCCCUGCAGUGUGAGCGGGGGCUGGUGUACAGCCCCUGCGGACCCCCCUGCCCUCCAACCUGCCACAACCUUGCCCGCGAGCCCCCCGAGCGCUGCCAGGAUCUGUCCUGCCUGGAGGGGUGUUUCUGCCCUGCAGGGGUCCUGCAUGACGGAGGCUGCAUCGAGCCUGGCGAAUGCCCGUGCUUCUGGGACGGCUUCUCCUUCCCAGCCGGUGCCACGGUGCAGCAGGGCUGCAAGAACUGCACGUGCGCGGCAGGUGCGUGGCACUGCCCAUCCUCACCGGAGCUGUGCCCGCCCGCGCCGUGCGCCUCGUGGGAGUUCUCGUGCCGUGCCGACGGGCGCUGCGUGCCGGGGGCCUGGGUGUGCGACAACGAGGAGGACUGCGGGGACGGCUCAGAUGAGGUGUGCGCCCCGCGCUGCGCCCCUCACCAGCACCGCUGCGCUGGAGGGCAGUGCCUGGCCUGGGGCUCCCGCUGCGACGGCAUCCGCGACUGCAGUGACGGCUCUGACGAGAGCGGCUGCCCCACGGCCUCCUGCGCGCCCCCCGAGUUCUCCUGCGCCAGCGGCCGCUGCAUCCCCCCCGAGCGUGUCUGCGAUGGGGAGCUGGACUGCGGCUUCGCCGACGACUCGGAUGAAGCAGGCUGCAGCCCGAGCUGCAGUGCAGGUGAGUUCCGCUGUGCAUUGGGCCGGUGUGUGCCGUACCCGCACCGCUGCGAUGGCCACGAUGACUGUGGUGACUUCAGUGACGAGCGCGGCUGCGUCUGCCCCCCUGGGCACCUCCAGUGCCCCGACACCCAGUGCCUGCCCCCAAUCACUGUCUGUGAUGGCCACCGGGACUGUGCCAACGGCACCGAUGAGGAGUUCUGCCCAGACCGGGUGACUUGCGCCCCCGGGGAGCUCCCGUGCCCUGAUGGCUCCUGCAUCAGUGAGGCUGCGGUUUGUGAUGGUGUCAGUGACUGUCGCGACGGCUGGGACGAGAGCCCGGCGGGGUGCGCGGCAGCACUGCCUGCUGCUGUGCCCACCACCACCACCUCGGCAGCACCGGCAUGCGGCCCCUCGGCCUUCACAUGCGGCAGUGGAGAGUGCGCACCACGGGGCUGGCUCUGCGACGGUGAGGCCGACUGCCGUGACGGCAGCGAUGAGCUGGGCUGUGCUGGCGGCUGCGAGCCCAGACACUUCCCCUGCGCCCAUGGCACCGACUGUGUCCCCUAUGGACACCUCUGUGAUGGCGUCCCGCAGUGCCGCGACAGCUCUGAUGAGAGCGAGGACCACUGCGGCUCCACUGCCAUCCCGCCGUGCCUGGGGCACUUUGCCUGCGAUGGUGGCCUGUGCCUCAACGUGUCGAGGGUCUGCGAUGGGGCCACCGACUGUCCCCAGGGCGAGGAUGAGCUGCUCUGCGGGAGCCGCAGCCUCGCCAGUGGGAGCAACAGGACAGGGGGCCCCUGUGCCGAAUACACCUGCAGUGGGGGCGAGUGUGUAGCCUUCCAGCAGGUGUGUGAUGGCGUUCCUGACUGCGGUGCCGGUGGGGAGGACGAGCGGGAUUGUGGUGAGUGGGGGCCAUGGGGGCCAUGGGGCACCUGCACCCACUCCUGUGGCCCCGGCCUGCAGCGCCGCACACGGGGCUGCCGCCAGCACCGUCCUGGAGUGCUGCACCGGUGCCACGGGCAGGCUGCGGAGCAGCAGCAGUGCUUCAGCAUUGCCUGCCCUGUUGACGGUGCCUGGGCCGAGUGGGGUCCCUGGUCCUCGUGCCCUGCGGGCUGUGGGGGGCUGCGGCAGCGGCAGCGGCAAUGCCAACCCCCCCAGAAUGGAGGCCGCCCCUGCAGUGACCUGCCUGGAGAGACACCCGGUGCUCUUGAAACAGCCCCCUGCACUCCGGGGGGCUGCCCCAACACCUCCUCCUGCCCGGAGGGGUUGCGGCCAUGGCCCUGCGCUCCCUGCCCCGCAUCCUGCGCCGACGUCUCCACCGGUGCCGCGUGCCGGCAGGACCGGCCCUGCAGCCCAGGGUGCUGGUGCGCGGCGGGGCUGGUGCUGGACGAGGGCCGGUGCGUGCUGCCUCGGGAGUGCCCGUGCCACGCCGCGGGGCUGCGGCACCCCCCGGGGCAGCUGGUGAAGGUGGACUGCCAGCUCUGCGCCUGCCUGCGCGGCCAGCUGCGGCGCUGCCGGCAGAACCCCGACUGCGCCGUGCACUGCGGCUGGUCGGCGUGGUCGGCGUGGGGCGACUGCCCCGGGCCCUGCGGCACGCAGAGCGUGCAGUGGUCGUUCCGCAGCCCCACCAACCCCAGCCAGCGCGGCGGCGGCCGGCACUGCCGCGGCAUCUACCGCAAGGCGCGCAGGUGCCAGACGGCGCCGUGCCGGCAGUGCCAGUCCCGGGGCCGCCGGCACGCACCGGGAGAGCGGUGGCGUGAGGAGCCCUGCCACGUUUGCCAGUGCCUGCCCAGCCUGGCCGUGCGGUGCUCGCCCUACUGCCCGCACCGCGCCGCCGGCUGCCCGCAGGGCCGGGUACUGGUUGAUGGCCGCGGGGACUCCUGCUGCUACUGUGCCCCCGCGGGCGACAACGUGACGGCUACCCCCCCGGCGCUGCCGACAGCGGAGGCCCCCUCGUCCACGCCAACAGAGCCCCCCGGCUCCUCCCUGCUCACCUUCCCGCUGCCUCCCCUUGGCGAUCCCUGUUACCUCCCGCUGGGCACCGCGGCUCUGCCGGUCAGCGGUUUCAGUGCCUCAUCGGCGCGGUCUGAGAGCCCAGCACACGCUGCCGGGCUGCAUGGUGGUGACCCCGGGGAGCCGCUGCAGGGCUGGGCCCCCCCGGAUGAUGCCUACGAGGCACCGCCCGACGAACCCUCCUUCCUGGAGCUGGACCUGCUGCAGCCCACCAACAUCACCGGGCUGGUGGUGCAGGGAGCCGGCUCCUCUGAUGCCUUCGUCACCGCAUUCCUGCUGCAGUUCAGCGCCGAUGGCACCCGCUGGCACCGCUACCGCGACCUCACCAACGGCACCACCAAUGCCCAGCUCUUCCAGGGCAACCAGGACGCCAGCACACCAGCGGUGCGGCUGCUAGGACGCAUGGUGCAGGCGCAGCACGUCCGCAUCCUGCCCCAGGACUUCCACAACCGCAUUGUGCUCCGUGCUGAGCUGCUGGGCUGCCCCCCAGUGCCCCCAGCCCGGCAUGAGGCUAUGACAGUGCCAGUGACACCGGUGAUGCUGCCAGUGAUACCUAUGACGCCGGUGACACUGACGGUGCCGGUGACACAGACCCAGCGCCCCUGUACCAUGGGGGAGUUCCGGUGUGGGAGCGGGGAAUGUGUUCUCGGGGGUCCCCGGGGUCCCCUCUGUGAUGGUGUCACUGACUGCCCCGAUGGCACUGAUGAGGCCAGCUGUGGGCCCCCCAGCACCACCAGCCCCGUGGCCCCCGUGGCAGCCGGUGUUCUGGUGCUGAGCACGACCACACAGACACCACCAAUGCCCCCAGCCAUGGUGAGCCCAGGGGGAAUGGGGGCCACAAGGGAUGGAGGGCAGCAGUUGCCACCCAAAGGUGCUGACCCCACUCCACCAGGUACCUCCUGUGGGGGAAGGAGGGGGGGGGGUUGGGGAUUAGAUGUGGGGCUGAGGGGGGUCUCUGCUGGGGUUCCCCCAUCCUCGCAUGCAGUUGGGGUGCUGGGGUCAUGUCCUGACCCCCUAGCUGUGUCCUACAUACCCCAGGGCAUCCAGGGGCUGAACCCCUUCCCCAACCCCCACAUGAUGGCUGUGGGUCCCCCCACAACCAGAGCCAGCAGCCCCACGGAGUCGGGAGUCAUGGAGCCAGCACCAGGGCCCCCUGACACCCCAACAACCCCCAGCACCCCGGGGAUAGGCACCAGCAUCCCCACAGGGCCACCCUGUACCAGAUCCCCCCCAGCACUGACAGGGGUCUCCAGCCCUAGCCCCCAAGGCACCUGUGAUCCGGCUCCUUGGGGGAACUGGGGUCCCUGCAGCCGCUCCUGUGGGCUGGGGGUCACCCUGCGGCUGGCCCUGCCAGGGGGGGGCUGCACAUGGACCCCUCCUGACACCCGUGUCUGCUUCCUGCGUGCCUGCCCAGUGCCUGGCGGGUGGGCAGCCUGGGGGUCCUGGUCCCCCUGUGACGCCACCUGUGGCGGGGGCGUGCGGAGCCGAGAGCGGAGCUGCAGUGACCCCCCUCCAAAGAACGGGGGGGCUCCGUGCCCGGGGGAGCACCUCCAGACCCAGCCCUGCAGCUUCCAGCCCUGCGGGGACCCCCCAGCCUGCGGCCCCCGCAUGGUGCUUGUGCGGGCCGAGGACUGCGAGGGGGGACGGGACCCCCCCUGCACCCAGAGUUGCGGUGACCUCGGUGGCAACGGCACCUGCGAGCGGCCCUGCCAGGCUGGGUGCUGGUGCCCGCCGGGGCUGUUCCUGCAGGACGGCGGCUGUGUCGAUGCCGGUGAGUGCCGGUGCCAUGUGGCCGAUGAGCAGCGCCGGCCCGGCGAGGUGUUCCUGCAGGGCUGCCGGCGGUGCACGUGCCACAACGGGACUGUGACGUGCGAGGACGCGUCCUGCGCCGUGGACUGUGGCUGGUCCACGUGGUCACCGUGGACCCACUGCAGUAGCAGCUGCGGCGCGGGGACGCAGGAGAGGUUCAGGUCACCCACCAACCCCGCGGCGGCUGCCGGCGGAGCGCCCUGCACCGGGGCGGCUCGGGAGCUGCGCGAGUGCCACGAGCCCUGCGGCACCGAGCUCGGCAGUGCCUGGAGCCCCUGGGCGCCCUGGUCCGAGUGCUCCGUGUCCUGCGGCGCCGGUGAGCAGCUGCGGCACCGGACCUGCGCCGCGCCCGCACAGGAGGAGUCCUGCACCGGCCCCCACCUCCAGACACGGGACUGUAACACCCAGCCCUGCCACGCGCGGUGCCCCGGGCACGCUCUGUACCGCACGGCUGCCCAGUGCCGCGCCACGGGGGAGCCCUGCCCGCGCCUCUGCCUGGACCUCGGCGCGGGUGUGGAGUGCGCUGCGCGCUGCCGCGACGGCUGCGCCUGCCCCGCGGGGCUCCUGCUGCACAACGGGAGCUGCGUGCGGCCCGCACGCUGCCCCUGCUACCACCGCGGCCGCCUGUACCUGCCCGGGGACACCGCUGCGGGGGACGCCUGCAAUAACUGCACCUGCACCGCCGGGGCGAUGGUGUGCGGCACCGAGCCCUGCGCAGAGGAGCCGUGGGGAGCGUGGUCGCCGUGGGGUCCCUGCAGCGUCUCCUGUGGAGGUGGCGAGCGGCUGCGCCGGCGGCAGUGCCACCAGCCCGAGUGUGUGGGGCUGGGCCUGCAGAGCCAGAUGUGCAACACCCAUGUGUGCCGCGGUGAGUGCCGGCCUGACCCACGGCCUGACCCAAGCCCUGCCCCAUGGACCCGAUCCACUGCCCUGACCCAUAGGCCUGACCCAUACACCUGCCCAUGCCCGUGCCCCACACCCUGCGCUACUGCCCUCACACAGCGGCCCAUACCCACGCCCUGCAGCUCUGCCCCACAGCCCAAUCCUUUAGACCCGUUCCAUGCCCCUACCCCACAGCCCGGUCCCGUUCCCCUGCCCCACGGCUCUGCCCCACGGCGCCGCCCCACAGACUCGGGCUGCCCUCGGGGGCGGGUAUUCCGCGAGUGCGUGGGCGGGGCCUGCCCGUUCAGCUGUGCGCACGUGUCCGGGCGCGUGGGCUGCGGGGGCGGGGCCUGCGCCCAGGGCUGCGGCUGCCCCGUGGGGACCUUCCUGCACCGCGGAGAGUGCGAGGGGGAGUGUCCGUGUGCGCUGCCGGCCCAGCUCCUGCGGGAGCUGCGCAACGGAUCCACCGGCACUGCCGAGCCCCGGCUGCUGCCCGGGCAGGAGCUGCCCGCGGGGGGCACCGUGCGCACGGCCUGCGCCAACUGCACGUGCCGUCACGGCCACCUGAACUGCACGGAGCUGGAGGGCUGCCGGCGGGAUGGGGCUUGGGGGUCCUGGAGCCCCUGGAGCCCCUGUGCGCCCACAUGCGGGGGGCUGGGGCUCAGCACCCGCCAGAGGGGCUGCACCAGCCCCACACCAGCCCAUGGCGGCCGGGACUGCACCGGAGCCCGCACUGACACCAUGUACUGCCGGACCCCCGACUGCCCUGCCAUGCCCACCCCCACACCGAGGCCCAGCCCCACAUCCCCGAGCGCUGAGGCUGAGGGAGGCUUUGGGCCCUGGUCCCCCUGGAGCCCCUGCUCCAGGAGCUGCACCCGCCCCGAGGCACCAGCCACCAAGAGCCGCAACCGCUCCUGCAGCGGCGCUGGGGACUGCAGCGGGGAGAGCGAGCAGCAGCGGACCUGCAACCUGCCCCACUGCGACGCACCCCCCUGCCCCGGUGGGGCCUGCGACUGCGAGUGGAUGCCGUGGGGCCAGUGGGGCGGCUGCUCCCGCAGCUGUGGGGGGGGGCUGCAGCUGCGCCUGCGGGCGUACACCCCCCCCGGCCCGGGGGGGCGCUGGUGCCCCGACAUCGGCAACGCCAGCACCGAGCAUCGCGCCUGUGGCCUGCGCCCCUGCACCGUGGACGGCGCCUGGUCCCCCUGGAGCCCCUGGUCACGGUGUGACCGGACGUGCGGGGGGGGCCGCUCCCUGCGCAGCCGCUCCUGCACCCGGCCCCCUCCCAAGAACGGGGGUGAGCCCUGCCCCGGCGAGCGGCACCAGCUGCGGCUCUGCAACCCCCAGCCCUGCGGGCAGAGCUGUCCCCCAGGCACGGUGCUGGUGCCCUGCGCCAACCGGUGCCCGCGGCACUGCGGGGACCUGCGUGCGGGGCUGUCCUGCGGGCCCGAGGAGCGCUGCCGGCCCGGCUGCCGCUGCCCCAACGGGUCGCUGGAGCAGGACGGCGGCUGCGUGCCCCUCGCCCGCUGCGAGUGCACGGAUGCGGCCGGGCGCGGGUGGGAGCCCGGGAGCCGCCACCGCGACGGGUGCGAGAGCUGCGAGUGUGACAGCGGCCGCCUGCGCUGCGUCCGCGACGGGUGCCCCCAGCCCCAGUGCAGCUGGAGCCCCUGGGGCCGGUGGGGGCCCUGCACCGUCACCUGCGGGCACGGGCGGCAGCACAGGCACAGGACCCCCAUCGCAGUGGCGGGUGCUGUGCCAUGCGAGGGCCCGCAGGAGCAGAGCCGGGAAUGUGCCGAGGGGCCCUGUCCGGCCCUGUGCCCGCGGGAGGGCGGCAACGGGAGCCUGGGGGAGAGCUGGAUGCAGGGACCCUGCCGGCAAUGCACCUGCACCCCCGAGGGCAUCCAGUGCCAGGACAUCCCCUGUGAUGACCUCUGCCUCUGGGGGUCGUGGGGGCCCUGGGGACCCUGCCAGGACCCCUGCAGCGGUGGCUACCGCCUGCGUCAUCGCCGGCCCCUGCACCCGGCGGGUGACCGACAGUGCCACGGUGCCCGUGCCCAGACCCAGAGCUGCAACAUCGCUGUCUGCACAGGCGAGGGGUGUGAUGAGCGUGGACGGGUCUUCACCGUGUCCUGCGCCAACCGGUGCCCCCGUGCCUGCGCUGACCUCUGGCCCCAUGUCGAGUGUCUGCAGGGACCCUGUGAACUGGGGUGCCGGUGCCCCCUGGGACAGCUGCUGCAGGACGGGCUGUGUGUGCCAGUGGACCAGUGUCGCUGCGGGCUGCCCACUGCCAAUGGCACCCGGGAGCUGUGGCCAGGGCAGGCAGUCGAGCACGGCUGCCACAACUGCACCUGCAGGAACGGGACCUUCACCUGCCCGGCACUGUCAUGUCCUGUCUAUGGGCCCUGGUCCCCGUGGAGCCCCUGCUCCCGCAGCUGCGGUGGCGGCAACACUUCCCGGCACCGUGAGUGCCAGGAGAGCACUGGGGGGGAGCCCUGCAGUGCCACUGACACUGAGGAGAUGGCUGAGUGCAACCUGCAGCCCUGCCCCAGCGGCUGCCGGCUGAGCCCCUGGUCCCCGUGGAGCCGCUGCAGCACCACCUGCGGUGGAGGCACCUCCGAGCGCCGCCGGGAGCUGCUGCCCGGGCCGGGGGAGCCGUGUCCCCUCCUGCCGCCGCCGCUGCUGCUGCUGCACCGCGUCUGCAGCGCCCACAACUGCUCCCCGGAGUGCCCCGGCGGGCAGCGGCUCGGUCCCUGCGCCAACGCCUGCCCCCGGCACUGCGCGCACCUCGGCCCCGGGGCGCGCUGCGUGACACAGAGCUGCCAGCGCGGCUGCGCCUGCCCGCACGGACAGGUGCUGCAGGACGGGGCCUGUGUCCUCCCUGCACUGUGCCGCUGCCACCUGCCCCCCGCCCUGGCCGCAGCACAUAACCUCUCCCUGGCACUGGAACUGCCACCAGGCACCAGCCUGCAGCACGGCUGCACCCGAUGUGUCUGCAUCCACGGCACCUUCAACUGCUCCCAGGAGGAAUGUAAUGCCUGUCCUGCCGGUGAGCGCUGGCAGGGCCCUGAAAUGCCGGACAGCUGUGACCAGAGCUGCGGGGACAUUGAGGAGCCUCGGCAUAACUGCAGCAUCCCCCUGGCCCCUGGCUGUGCCUGCCAGCCCGGGUACUACCGCAACAGCACCCGACAUUGUGUCCCGGCCGCUCACUGUGAGUGCCGGCAUCGUGGACAGCUGCACCAGGCCGGUAGCACGUGGCAGGAUGGGUGUGAGAAAUGCCGCUGCCAGGAUGGGAGAGUGACCUGUGCUGCUGCUGGCUGUGCCCCACUGGCCUGCCCUGAGGGCACAGUGAAGGUUCGGGAGCCAGGGGGCUGCUGCCCUGUGUGCCGGGAGAAGUGGCCGGAGGAGCCGCCCGCCGCGUGCCGGCGCCUCACGGAGCUGCGCACCAUCUCCAAGGGCCCCUGCGCCCUGCGCCAUGUCGAGGUCUCCUUCUGCGCCGGGCACUGCCCGUCCCGCACCACCGUCACCGCCGAGGAGCCGUACCUGCAGAGCGUGUGCGAGUGCUGCAGCUACCGCCUGGACCCCGCCGGCCCCGUGCGCGUCCUGCGGCUGCCCUGCCCCGGCGGGCAGAGCGAGCCCGUGGUGCUGCCCGUCAUCCGCAGCUGCCAGUGCAGCCCCUGCGAGGGUGGGGAUUUCUCCCGCCGCUGAGAGCCCUCCAGGGUGCUCCAGACCCUGCUCCCCUCUGCAAUAAACCUGCGGGAACAGCCCCCACAUCCAGCAACAGGGACUGGGGGGGCACUGGGGGGG